UUACUUGCCUGUAUAAAUUUUGUUUAUAAAGAGAAUUGCUACCCUCGCUUUCUUUCGCCGUUCGAACAAACUCCUAUUUGACGGUCUCCGUCAACCUAGUCAUUUCUUUUCUCUUCAAAUCCUUCUUCCCCCAAUAUUUUCUGCAUUCAUAAUUCCACACUUCCUAACCUAAAACGAAGCUACUAGUUCAGCAGCUGCUGCGCACUGAUCAUGGCUCAUGAUAUAAUCUAGACGCUUUUAAUGCUGAAUAUUCAAGUAUUAAACUCCCUUCACUGCUUAAUGUUGUAAAUUGAUUUUUUACUUUCCGGAAAUCUUACCAGAUGUGGAGGAAAUCGUUAAUUAGCUUGCUGAGACAUCGCCCUCCGCCGGCAUGGACUACCCUGACGGCGGAAAGGAGGUGGUUGAGCCCGUGCUCCGAUAGGUGUUUCACUAACUAUGGCAGCUGUUUCAGCGGGUUAAGAUUGAUCGGGUCGAGCUAUUGUAGUUAUGCGGCCAACGGAGGACAAGGGGAAGGUAAAGGAGAGGGAAAAGAGAACAGAGAGUUGGUGUCGGAGGCGGAGGUGAAGAGACUUAUGAGGUUGGUGAACGUGAAGGCGUUGAAGGAGAAACUAGGGAUGGAGGAGAAGGAGGUAAUUGGUUACUCAGAGCUUUUGCAGGCGUGUGAGAGAACGUGCAUUGUGAAGUCUCCCGAGGAGGCUGUUGUCUUUGCUCGGGUUCUGGAUGAGGCAGGUGUUAUUUGGAUGUUUGGUGAUAAAGUCCAUCUUCGCCCGGAUCUGGUAGUAGACCAGGUGAGGAAAGCAGUGCCGGUCGCACUUCUACCCGAAGAUGAUCCAUGCAAGUGUGAGCUGAGGAAGCUUCUGCAAAUGAAGGAGGGUAUUGAAAAGCUUGCACACAAGCAGGUUCGCCGCAUCUUAUGGACUGGUAUGUGGGCCACUAUGAUACAGAUUGGGCUUUUCUUCCGACUCACAUACUGGGAAUUAUCUUGGGACGUUAUGGAGCCCAUUGCUUUCUUCACCACAGCAACGGGGAUAGUCAUAGGUUAUGCUUACUUCUUAGUCACAUCAAGAGACCCGUCAUACCAAGAUGUAUAUAAGAGGCUCUUCCUUUCGAGGAUGAAGAAGCUCAUCAAGAAGGAUACUUUUGACAUCCAUAGGUUAGUGGAGUUGCAAAAGAAAUGCAAGUUACCUUUGGAUGGGCCUGCUUCUGUUAAGAGGCAACGGAUGGGAAUAAAGUUGGAGCUGGAGGAACUUAUACGGUAGAUUAAUAUACGGAGUACAUUAUUGACCCAACGGCCUUUUCUUGUUUCACUUUAUAUUUUAAAAAAUUAAGGCAGGUUUGGUUAACUAAUAAAAAAGGUUUUUUAAAAAAUUAGUAAAAGUUCGUGGAAAAGUUUGAUACUCUGAUAUGACAAAUUCAGUUAAAUUUUACAAGUACCCCGUAUCAUUUAUAAGUUAGAGAUGUUGUAACUCAUCCCAAAAAACAAUACUUGGGUAGUUGGAUUCUUGUUUGAGACAGGUAAUGUGAUUUGUGUGAGUUACAUUGUUGUAAAAAUAAUUCAGAACUAUAA